GUCCAUAUUUUCUCCAUCAAAAUACGUCCCUGUAACUUUACUUAAAGACUUAAACGAACACUCAAACAUGAUGAAUGAAUCCUGUGAGCGAUUUGUGACGCACGACGCCGACGGUCAGCUGCUCGGUCACGUGACCGGACCGAUAACCGUUCAGAGGAAAAACAGCUGAUCCGUUCACAAAGACACCCAAAGGACACCCAAAGGGACACCCAAAGGGACACCCCUGCUGGACUAACAAUAACCGACAUUCAGGGAACCUGCUUUUGACUCUUGAAUACCGCGAGAGGUCGCUGUUUUCCUUCAGAGAAGCGACCAAAAGAUAAGUCACCGUCAGCGCAUCGACCCAACGUUAAACUGUUGAUCUACGUUGGUCGCGAUCAUGAUGAACUUCGGCACAAAUACUCAUUGCAGCAGUUACACUAGCAAAGAAAACAUUCCAGCUUCAGGCAAAGUAGAUGCACCGCACGCGCAGCGACCCAAACAGCGGAGGGUCCUCGGUGUGUUGUCAGAAAAUGAGCAGCGUGGUCGAUCGCUCAGCCAGGGGAGCCACUUUUCCAAACACAGCUCAAUCUCAGACAGCUCCCAGCUCGUCUCCCUCGGCAGCCCGCCCACUUCCAACUUUGACGUGUACGUUGAGGAGGCUUGUGAGGUUGUCCUCGCGGCCUCUGGUCAAGAAGUGGUCUCGGACAGCUUUUACCUAGACAGCAAAUCUGCUGGAUUGCAACAUGAACAUUCGAGACUUCUGCUGGAACUGAGUUCAAGUUCAUGCCAGGAUGCUUCUAUGCAGUCGGAACCAAAUAAAUCUCUGAUGUCAGAGGAGGUGUUUUGCGUUUCAGAGUAUGCAGAGGACAUUCACCUGCACUUGAGGGAGAGUGAAAUGAGGACUAGGCCGUGGGCAGGCUACUUACUAAAACACCCAGAGAUCACCAACGGCAUGCGCGCCGUCCUGGUGGACUGGCUGGUGGAAGUCGUCCAGGAAUACAGGCUUCGUUCUGAAACCCUGCACCUGGCUGUCAACUACUUGGACCGCUUCCUCUCCUCCACGGCAUACGUCAAACGGAGCAAGCUGCAGCUCAUUGGCAUAGCUGCGUUGCUGAUUGCCGCAAAAUAUGAGGAGAUCUCCCCUCCAGAGUUGAACGAGUUUGUGUACACCACAGACAACACCUACACUAAGAAUCAACUGGUCCAGAUGGAGCACGUUUUCCUGAAUGUGCUGGCUUUCAAGAUGACAGCGGCCACCACAAACCAGUUCCUACGCCUCUUCAUGUCCAUCCGCUCCGUCUGUGCCAACACGGAGAACCUUGCCCUCUAUUUGGCGGAGUUAAGCCUGCUGGAAAUCAAUCCAUUCAUACAGUACACCCCAUCUCUGGUGGCAGCUGCCGCGUACUACUUAGCCACUUACACUCUAAACAAAUCUCUCUGGCCUGAUUCCUUAAUUGCCUUUACCGGCUAUACCACGACUGAAAUUGUUCCUUGCAUGACGGACCUUCACAAGCUUUACAUCAGUGCAGCGAGUCGCCCACAACAGGCCAUCCGGGAAAAAUAUAAAAGUUCCAAGUAUUGUUGUGUUUCAUUGAUCACUGCACCUGCUGUUCUGGACUUACUAUGAAAAGAUACCCCAGGCUCCUUUGAUGCUUCUGACCCAACAAUAUUGGAAUAUGAACAAAACGUACACAGAUAUUUUUGCAGCCAAUCCCAUAUAAACCACUGUACAGUGGACACUUAAUUACCUUGUUUUUCAUCAUUCAUUCCUUGUUUGUACACAUACAAUAAAUCUGUUGUAAUAAAA